AUGAACCCAUCCUACAAGUCUCAGUCUAGAAAUGAUCGCCUCUUCUGUUCCGAUUCUCCGAGCUUACUGAUCGCCAGCCAAUUGACCGCCUGCCUUAUUUCUCGACCAGCUAUACACCGGCUUCUUUCUCUUCUCUUCCUUGCCGGCCUCGUAGUGGCUGGCGGGAUCUUCCUUGUCCAGUACAUUGAUGACGGAGGCGAGCCUGGUAGCAGUGAUAGUGCUGGUGAUCGUUUACCCCGAGGACUGACUUUGUCGCGUCUUUUGCCGCGUCAAAGCCUCGAACACGGUUUUCUGCGUGCCUAUACGCGUUGCUUUGGUCUACUCCACUUUGAAGUAGUAACUCGCGGCGGCGACGCACUUUCCGACAUUAAGCCACUUUCGGCCGGCGUUAGAAUAGCAACACCUGGCACUCUAUCACUAAAUCUAGUGCCGUCCGAGACCCGGCAUGACUCUAGUGGUCUUGGCAUAGUAAAAUCUCAAACACGGACCGACGCACUUGGUCUAGAGCUAUUGACUAGUGGAAUUCCAAGUGGCCGACAGUGGAUUGCAGAUAAUGGAGAGGUCGAAGAUGAUGAAGAACAAGGAAGCACAGAAGGAGAAGAAAGAGGAAGAAGAGGUGGAGCUGGAGGGGGAAGAGGAGUAGGCGAGGUUUCGGAAGAAGAAAGCGAAAUCGCUUCGCCCGUGGCCACGGCCACUGCCACUCGCGGCCUGGGCGUUGACUUUCCAGAGAGUCAGUCACAUUUGCGCCAACUACACGAGAGUCUGCUUUCAAUUACACAAGACACUGUAUUCCUUCGUCAGGACCACAUGAGCAGAGCUGACUCUGUGCAUACUAGCAUUGCCAGUGGAAGCGGCGGUGGAGACCAAAGAGUUAUGCGAUCCACAGCUUCCAUCAGGCUACUAGCUAGUUCAUCGGGUCUUUUUUGGCUUGAUGCAUUUAGAGACUGGCUUCUUCGUAUACAGGCUGCUUUUGACUUUGAUCGCAGGUUAGGCCGCAUCACGGAAGCCGGCGAGUGCAGACCAGAGGCUAGUAUGGAUGCUAUAAUCGGCCUGCAUCUGAUUGUGCAGGCCAAUCCUGGAGUCGAGAUGUCUCGGGUAUGUGGCACUAACAUUUUCAUUUAA